AUAGAUAAUGAACGUGGAUUAGAAAGGAUAUGUCCUUACUGCUUCCAGUUCCUGGUUCCUGAUAGCUGUCGGGUGCGUCUCAAACCAAAGAUGAAAGUGACUCCGCAGAUAGAGAAGGUUCUGAAACAAGAGGCGAAGAAGCGUAAACUUAAUAUGAAACAGACCAAGCUUCUGAAAAAGUACAGGGAGUCGAGGAGUGUUCUGUUGGUUACCUGCAACUCAUGCAACAAAACAACACGACAUUAUGGUAAAAGCAGGGAAUUUCUGACUACCAGGACACACAAUUCUGGCACUCCAAGCAGUGUAUCUAGCCUGAGGACACCAGACGGAAACAAUCGGUCUGCAAGCAAAGUGACGCCUGCAAGCUGCAGUAGGUUGGGAUCUAAAGGGAACAGUCCCUCAUCACUUCCCAGAACACGUGCAUCCGGGCAGGCGACAACCAGCUCUGCUUCCAAGACUCCCCGAAACUCCAAAUUCCACUUUUCUAAGUUAAAAAGGAUGCUUAACCUAGAAGAAAAAGAGAAAAGCCAGAAGGCAGAUUUGAAAACCUUCCUGACUCUGCUUUAGUUUUACAUUAUAGUAACAAAGAUUACAGCAA